GGCUGGACCGGGCGCUGCUGCUGCCACUGCCGGCGCUGGAAGCGACCCUCUAACGCGGCUGGAUCGUCUCUCCGCGCGCUCUCGGGACUCCGCGGUCCUGCAAGCGGCCGGGCGGCGCGGAGGGCUUGGAGCUCCUGCCAAGGUGGGCUGCGCUGCCAGCCCCAGUCGGUGCCCUGCGGCCGGCGGCUCCCCUCCACGCCAUGGACUCGGAUUCCGGGGAGCUGAGCGACGGGGACCUGGUCUCCGCCGCAGGUCCUGAUCACUUUAGUUCCAAGAGUCUCGCUCUACAAGCCCAAAAGAAGAUUUUGAGCAAGAUGGCAAACAAGACAAUGGUCAACAUGCUGAUUGACGACACCAGCAGCGAAAUCUUCGACGAGUUGUACAAAGUGACCAUUGAGCACAUGAAAAGCAAGAAAGAAGCCCACAAAAUUAUGAAAGACUUGAUCAAAGUCGCCAUCAAGAUUGGGAUUCUCUACCGAAACAAUCAAUUCAAUGCAGACGAGCUGGAGAUUAUUGAGAAAUUCCGCAAGAAGCUGAAUCAGGCAGCCAUGACAUUGGUCAGUUUUUAUGAAGUGGACUUCACCUUUGAUAAGAAUGUUCUUUCGGGACUGUUGAACGAGUGCAAAGAUCUCAUCCACGAACUUGUAGAACGGCACCUGACAGCCAGGUCUCACGCACGGAUCAACCAUGUCUUUGAUCACUUUGCAGCUGUUGAAUUCCUCACGGCUCUCUACAGCCUGGAUGGUGAAGGCCGCUCACACCUCAAAAAGAUUUGCGAUGGGAUCAACAAACUACUUGACGAGAAGGUCCUCUGAAACUCAACUUUCCAAAACUUUUAAAGAACAGAUCAAAUUAAGAGAGGCAAAACAGUGUUGGGAAAGGAAUAUAAGGGCCUGCUUCUGUUUUAUAACCCACCCAUCCCCAGACAAAAUAUCUUGGUAACAAACUGCUUUUAUUCUGGAAUAUGUGACUUUCUGUUGGUAAUGAAAAGCCAUCAGAAGUGAGAUGUACUUCACCCUGCAAAUAAAAGAACAUUUUCGCACAGAGAAUGAUAUUUACAAUGCAAAAGAAAUUGUGCGAGGUUUUUUUUUUUUUUUUGUAAUUGGAAUUUAGUGUUGCAAAAAUAAACCCGAAGAUCCAUUUUGGAGAGCAAAUAAAACGACCCGCAUUUUCAUUGCAGAAGAAAACCUUAAAAUGGAAACGCAAGCGCCAAGCUUUGUUUUAAAAGAAAAACCACACAAUCCAAACUGAAAAAUGAGGGGAAACUCUUUGAUGUAAGAAACAGGGACAAAACUCAAGAUUGCUUUUAAAGGGUAUAGUGUUUCCACUGAAAAUAAUGGAAAAGUUGGCACAACUCUCUUAACGAAGGAUGAUUAAGGCUCCAAAAACCUAAAAGAGGAGCUAUUAAAAAAAAGUUCAUUCCGUAAAAUCCUCGCACAUUGCUGCAGGUAGUACCAAAGUGAACAAAAUUCAGUUCUAGAGCAGAGAAAGUUUGAAACGAACACUGGGCCAAGGAGAUCCUUUCAGAGAUCUUAUCGUGUUCAGCUGCAACAGGGGAUGCUCUGAAAUGGAGCAGAGACUCCAGGUAUGGUGAAUUUCCCUGCAGCCUUCCAUCAUCCCAUGUUUUCCAUCAGAAGGAUUGCUCACUUGGGAGAGUCACCAGGGGAAGAAUGGACAAUUGAUGAGCAGUAGACACCUUAGGUGGUAUACAGGAAAAUGAAAGGGAGACCAGAGAGAAGAACAGCAGAUGGCAUCUGCUGAAAGAAACGGGCCAAGCCAAACCACAUCCAUGCUAUGCCAAAAAUAUACUUGGUAAUGCCCAUGUUAUCCCAAGGAACCAACGCAAGGAAUACUUUUAUCAUCUCCUUGGAGAUAUAGUUGCUUAAGUUUUCCUAUAUUUUUUUUUAUGAACCUCCCCUCCUCCCAAAAAGUACAUCAUUCUGGUCUGAUGGCUUAUGUGAUUCACACUUUCCAUUCAGGAAGUUGACACGACUGUAUAGCAAAAUGUUUAGUCAAGAGCUGAUAGCAAAUUAUUUGAAAGAGCAUCAAAAGAACGGUGGUCCCUUGUCAGAAAUGUUACUCUCUAGGCCAGGGGUAGGCAACCUUGGCUCUUUUAUGACUCGUGGACUUCAGUUCCAGAAUUCCUGAGUCAGCAUGACUCAGCUUGGAAACCUCUCCCUUUCUCCUCAGCA